AUGCAGCUCACUACGCUCUUUUCCGCCAUUGCGGCCCUGGCCAUAGCCCCCCUAACCACUUUGGCCUCCCCAGCUGGGACCCUGGGUAACAGGGACUUCCCCGACCCAGCAAUCAUUCUUGACCCUCGCACUGACGAGUGGUACGCUUUUGCAACCAGCAGCAACGGCAAGAAUGUACAGGCUGCUUACAGCCCCAAUCCCCAUGACGGCCCCUGGACAUAUGUCGAGCACGACCUACUUCCCACCCCGGGCAAGUGGGUCAACCCCGACCAACACGAUAUUUGGGCGCCUGAUGUGCACUACUUUGAGGCCAGCGAUUCUUUCGUCAUGUAUUACUCGGGUCUUUUGGCGGACUCCCCUUACCACUGCAUUGGUAUUGCCACUGCCGAGAACAUCACCGGCCCGUACGAAGCCCUUGAUGAGCCAUUUGCCUGCCCGGAUUCCGAGGGUGGUGCUAUCGAUGCAAGCGGCUACCUUGAUCCUGUCGAUGGCUCUUUCUUCGUUGUGUACAAGGUGGAUGGUAGCGCCAAGGGCCCCGGUGGUCCUUGCGGCAACGGUGACCCCCCCGGCGAGCCGACUCCCAUCCGCCUUCAGCGUGUCAAUGAAAGCGACGGCAUCACUCCCAUCGGCCAUUACACCGAGAUCCUUGACCGCGAUCCGGAGCUUGAUGGCCCGCUUAUUGAGGCACCUAACCUCAUCCGCACCUUCAACGGCACAUUUGUGUUGUUCUACUCCUCCCAUUGUUACAACACUCCGGAAUAUGACAUCAAGUACGCCACGGCGGAUAAGAUCGAGGGACCAUACCACCGCCGCGGAGAACUGAUGGGCUCGAACACCAAUUCCUAUGGCUUUGAUGGUCCAGGAGGAGCAAGUAGUGUCUUCGGCGGUGGAAUCUUGGUGUUUCACGCCAACUGCGAUGCCGGCCGUUGCAUGUAUGUGACGGAAUUCGAAGUCGAGGAGGAAGGCAUCGUGACGCUACUGGAUUGA